CUUAAGCAGUAGAAUUUGUUAUUUCGUUAUACUUGGGAGGUUGGUGCCUGAAUUUCUUUCGAGUUCCUGUCCCGGAGAGGUGGUUUGAUUUUGCUCUAUUUUUGGUUCAUAUCAGCUAAUGAACUAAUAAUUGUGUACUGGCUAUCAUUUUCUCAACAUAGAUGAACAAAGAAAAAUACAGACCAUGUUGUCUAUGCUGGUUUUCUUUCAAGAUAAUGUUCCGCAGAAUUUGCACAACUUGUCAGGAAUGAAUAUAUUGAAUGUUUCGCUUGAAAUUGUUUGGUGUCAUACCUCUAAAUGAAACCUUAUAGUGUUAAGGUACUCAGCACUUUCGGAUAAUAGAUUAGUUCAUAUGCAAUGCCAAACAAUAUUUCCAUGAUUCCUAUAUUUUCCGAGCUUGCAAUGAUGUGAAGACACGACUUGAAUGGAGUAGCGUACGUAACGUGAGGGAUUGCUCAUUCCCAGUUUUCCUUGUAAGAAGGUCACAAGAAAAUAGUCUCGAGUCUUCUGAGAACCGGAUGUCUCUGUCAUUCCAAGGCUCUAAGGAGGAAGCUCUUCCCAGCAAAGUUACUCUGCUGGCUUCUUCAUCCUCCUUGAUGACUACAUCCCAAAAUAGCUCAGAACUGAUCAAACGAAACUAUAUGGGCUUCUCUGAUUGUUCUACUUUUGACAUCUCUCGAGUAUGUAAGGAUGACUGCAAGGGCAGCCUUAACCAUAAAGCUACUGAAUUGAGGCUUGGGCUUCCUGGAUCUGAAUCUCCUGAAAGGAAUACAGAUGCGUGCCCAGAUCUUGAUAAAAAGCCCCUCUUUCCACUGCGUCCUUCAAAUGAGAGUGAGCACUCUUUGCAGAGUUCAGUUUCUUCAGGAAACAAAAGAGGAUUUUCUCGUGCCAUGGAUGGGUUCACGCAGGGGAAUCUUCUCGCUAAUUCAGAGCUUAAUGCCAUGCUCUCUGCAAGGCCCUCCUCUGAUUUAGGACCAAAAGGUGGUUCCAAGCUCGAGCCUGACAUAGUUAAAGAUAUGAAAACAACCUUACAGGCUUCCCAUGGGAAGACCCCUGCCACAAAGGAAGGCCAGCCGAAGAAUGUUACUGGAAAUAACAGUAGCACUGCAACAGCCACGCCGGCUCCUAAGGCUCAGGUCGUGGGUUGGCCACCUGUCAAAUCGUUUCGGAAGAAUUCCUUAGCCAUCCCUCCGAAGAGUGCUGAACAAGUAGAAGAUGCAAAGGAGGCAGCAGGCACCACUCUCUUCAUAAAAGUGAGCAUGGACGGUGCGCCUUAUCUAAGGAAGGUUGAUUUGUAUAAAUUUGCUGCGUAUCAGGAACUGUGCAAUGCCCUGCAGAAGAUGUUCAGCUGCUUUACCCUAGGUCAAUAUGGAUCCCAAGGAUCUAUGAACCAUGAAGUGCUUAGCGAGAGGAAGCUGAGAGAUCUAUUGGAUGGGUCAGAAUAUGUUCUCGCUUACGAAGACAAAGACGGGGACUGGAUGCUCGUGGGCGAUGUUCCAUGGGAGAUGUUCAUCGGGACAUGCAGGAGGCUGCGAAUGAUGAAGAGCUCAGAUGCCAUCGGCCUAGCACCAAGGGGGGCAGAGAAGUGCAGAGGCAAGAACUAGCUGGUAAAAGAGUAUAAUGAUGUUUUAUGUCGACCAUAAGAUGUUAUGCUGCCAAACGCAUUACUUAUUUUGCAAAGUUGCUAAUUAUUGUUAAGAUUAAAUCCUUCCACUUCUGAGGGGCUCUUCCCGCUUUGCCCAAAGCUUCGCUUCUACUCGUGUAAUCGUACAAUGGAACUCCUCUAGAGAAUAUAUGAACUUUUGCUGCUGUAUUAUGCUUGAUGGAAA